AUGUCUCGGCCAUCGUCAAGCGUCUCUCCGAGAAGAAGACCACUCCAUGAACGCACACCAUCACAGACAAAUUCAAACGAGGCCUCACCAGGUCGAAGAAGCAAGAGAAGAGACGAUAUUGAUUUCUACUCCUCCACACCUUAUCCCACAAAACCGGCUCAGGUACUCUUACCCCGUCCGGGGAUUGGCCAAGAUUAUGCGCUUCACGGCGCUUACGGGGUUUCAGAUGUAUCAUUAGUCUCGACUGAAACAGAUCAUACGGCAACGGCGCCGGUUAAUGUCGUGGAUCAUGCUGAGCAUCAGCGCCGCGAUGUUAGUGGGAGUAGUACGUGGGAUUUUUCAUCAUCUGUUGAUUUGGGCUAUUCGUCUCAAGUUUGGGAUAAUGAUCCGCAGUCUAGUUUGUCAUCGUUUCCUACGCCACUAAUACCUUCAGACGACGACAACUAUGAUGCGGGCGGUGUUGAUGUUGCAUAUGAGGAUAAGGCGACGUCCCGAUUACAGACUGGAAUGCAACAGCAACAGCAACAGUACCAUCACGAUAUAUAUGGCGGCGAAUUUACUGAGGACAUUCUGAGGGAACCUGAAGAUGAACAUGAAGAUGAAGAGGAUGUAAUCGCCCUCCCCGGACCUCCCAGAGCUUCAAUCAAACCUGUACGGGAUUCGUCGCCAGCAAACGAGUCAGUCGAAGAAUAUUCAUCUUCUUCAGAGAACUUUGUCACCUACGACCAAACAUCAAGCCCUAACGUGGUACCAAUUGGUGCACCUUCAAGUCCGAAUUUUGUAUCAUUAGGAAGCUCAAGUCCAAACCUGGUCACAUACGGAAGCUCAUCACCAGUGGCCGGGGGAAUGAAUCACCGUUCUGAUUCAACUUCUUCGUCUUCUAAUUCUAUGGGCACAGUUAUUCAUAGACACAACAAUGCCACGGGGUGGCCAAUCCCUGUGUCAGCAGGUGCUUCGUCACAGCCUGCGUCAUUUACCUCGAGUCCACCUGAGCAACUUCUUCGAGGGUAUCAAUCGGCUUCUUCUUUGGCACUAUCCGGUGGUGAAACACAAUUAUCGCGAUCAAGAACUACAUCUACAGGCAGUGGCCGAUCUGAUAAAUCGUUGAGUGAUACGGCGUCGGCGGUGGUCCAGUACCCUCAGAUUCGUGCGCCAUCUUAUGCAAGCUCUUACGCUGAAUCCUCGAUUCAACCAGCACCCUUACAAGUCAGACGCCCUUCACGAAGCAUAUCAGAGCGCUCAGUCACACGAUGGAACCCGACUCUUUCUCCGGUCCCGGCUCAAUCUGUGCCGGAUCCAUCAACCCCUGCAAGUGAUGCCAACGCUGAAAGGAAACAAGGUCUAGGAUUGAUAAGCGCCAGCAAAUCCGCAUCCACAAUCUGGCGCGUGGAAGAGAACGAUGAACAUCUCGACAGUGUAUCAAACUUACCACGAUCAACACUCCGCCACAUCCCAUCGUCAUUGAUUGGCAGCACCGAGUCACGACCUGGAUCUAGUUCCAGUACAAACGGGUUUUUGAACGUACUCCCCAACUGGGUUCGACUAUACUACCUAGGCAAUAACAGCCAACUCGUACAAAAUGCAGCCAUGUCAAUACUCGAGUCUAGUCGACCUUCAACCGCGGCUUCUCGUCCGCCGUCUCCUCAUCGGUAUAUCAGCCAGAACCCAAAUCCUAUAGGCGCUGUCUCUCGUCCACGGCGUCAUCCUUCUAAUGAGAAGGCAGUACCAGCUCCUAUCCGAGUGGUUUCCGAUCACCCAGCUGAUCCGCGAAGUCAUUGGAAACCUAUGCCCGAAGAGCAGCAGCAACAACAAGACCAAAUCGAGGAAUCCGCCGAAGCGACUGGAGGAAACACAUCCACUCAACGCCCCUUCGCAAAAGCAUCUUCACCACAUCUACACCCGGAUAAAAGCCAUCCAAAUCCGCGUUACACCUGGGUUGCACCAUCCCUCGAUUCAAGACAAGAACCAACCCUUGGACGCCGCAAUAUCCAAAAAUACGCCUUUUGUCUCGGGUUCGUGUUUCCAUUGAUGUGGAUCAUAGCUGCUUUUCUGCCCUUACCCCCACAACCAAAACCAAUAGACGAAGAGCAGCAGGAUGCAGUCGUAUCUCAGCCCGGUGCACAAUAUCGAAUUGCGCAGUACGAGAAGAAGCGGUAUCAGAAUGCUCGGUGGUGGAGGAAUGUAAAUCGCGUGAUGAUUCCGGUGGGGAUUUCGAUUAUUGCUAUUAUUGUUGUUCUAGCAGCUGUUGGAACAACAGUUGGUUUAUAAAUUGCUUUGCAUCUCAUCGACCAACGACAUUACACACUCAUUGGUCUUCGAUUCAUCCACAUACUUCAGCACAUUGACGACAGACAUUUAUACAUGAUUUAUUUCUGACAUAUUUAUAUUCACAUUUAUCUCAACAUUUAUUCAUUUCACAUACGAUCCUUGCAACGACUCGACAAUUCUUUUCGACUUGGUUCGCGCAGCCCAUUUCCAUACGGCUACCUCUUCUCUUCUUCUGUACGACUAAAUGACUUUAACGUGUAUAUAUGAUUGACAUGUCCAUUCGUCCAUUCGUCGCGUCUAGUUUGACUUUUUACAUUACGUACUGUCAUUGCCAUUUUUUGAUCGAAUUACACUUGUUGUUUUCCUCCCCUUUUUGUCUGCUUUUUGUUUCUUCAAUGAAGUGGAUUCCCAACCUUUUGAAUCGGUUUGGCUCUUUUAUAUGUUUCACACUUGGUAUAGACUGAUAUAUAUGUAUAUAUAUAUAUUUUGAUUCUUUCCUUGG